CAGCAGUAGGAGGAAGGAAUGCAUACUAACCGACUGAGAAACUUCAGUCGGCGCCGAAUACAAGCUAGUUCCCGUUUGAUUUUUCGGCCAGCCGGAGCGAAGUUCCUAAAAUUUCCGUCAAAGCGGGAGGGAUUGAAUUGCAUCUAUUAGUCUCACUCCUUCGUAUCAAUGGAGGCCUCGAACACAGCCGAACACGAGAAGCCAUGGAACUCUGGAAAAUUGCCCGGGACGGUGUCUUGGAGCACAGCAAGUAUCAUAGGAUUCUUCACAGGGAUGAUAUAUGGAGGUGCUAAAGAAGCUUCUGCGUCAGCUAGCAUAGAUGCAGACGUGAUGCUGAAGCUAGGCAGCACGCCGAACAAGGCCAAGCAGUACAACUUGAUGAGAGACGCGAUGGAGAGGCGGUUCGUUAAGGUCAGUCGUGGCGCCCUGGUUGGUGGGGUGCGACUCGGCAUGUUCACUGCCGCCUUCUGUGGUCUGCAGAAUCUGAUGGCCGAGCACCGGGGUGGAGUGCACGAUGUGUACAAUGUUGUUGGAGCUGGUUCAGUUACUGCUGCAACAUUUGGGCUAAUCCUGCCUGGAUCUCUUAGGUGGCGUGCGAGGAAUGUGCUACUUGGAUCAGUUCUUGGUGUAGUAGUAUGUUUCCCUCUAGGUUGGGUCCAAAUGAAGCUGGUGGAGAAGGCAAAUGAGGACGGUGGUAAUUCGAAAAGAGGUGGCGCUGAUGGUGGUGGUGGUGGUGUUGAAGCUGCAAUCGAGAGGCUUGAAGCAAGAGUGAAAAGGUGAGAUCAUGGAAAGGAUGACUGCAAUCUGCCGCUCGAAGGGGCUAGGACAGGAAAAAAGAUGGUGUUCUGAAUCUAACUACCAAGAGGAGGAACGUCUUAGCGGCUUACUCAAAAUUCACCUGUUCCCGUGUUAUUGGGGUUCAAGAUUCAGAAUAAACUGCUUGAUAGCUCUGUCAGGGUUCCUGUCUAGUUAGUUUGCAGGACUUCCUUAAAUCGCUUAGUAAUAGAGGUUUUGGUUGUUGUACAGUCACUCUUGAAACCCAUUUUGUCAUCUCCACUUGUGCAGUGAUGAUCGUUACAGCAAGUAGCCUUAUU